CCCUAACGGAUAACGUGUCAAAGAGCUCAAAACCUUCUUUACAUGAUGGAAGAGCAAGCGGAAAAUAGAUUCACAUUCAUUUGGAUUAUUGAAAAUUUUAGCAUGUUUCAUCAGCCUAAGAUAAGAUUUCUAUGUAGCCCAGAGUUUGCUUUGAAUUGUUUACCCCAUAUGAAGUGGCACAUUAGGAUAUUUCCCGAAGGGGAUCUUGAUCAAAGCUACACAGCUGUCUAUCUCAAAAGAAUGGAUGAUAUUUCAGAAUUGUGUAACAUAAAUUUUACAGUGCAAGGACUGGAUAGCAGUGAAAAGUCAGUUUUCGGUCCAAAAGGUUGUACCCGUGUAUUUAAAGGUGAGUUUGCGUGGGGAUAUCCCACGUGCUGUAAAAAGGAUUUUCUUUUUAAGUCACUCAUAAAUGAUGUUCUAAUUAUAAAACUGACGAUGAGCACCGUGUCUGAAUCAAGUGAUCAAGAAAUACUGCCGCCACUUCCUUACAAAAAUGGACUGUUUGCAGAUGUCGUGUUACACGCAAAUGGUGCGGAAUUCAAAGUACAUAAAUCCAUUUUGUGGGCGAGAUGGCCCAAACUUGUAGAAAAACUAGACACAGAAGGGACUUGUGAACAAGUUUUCGAUAUGAGAUCGGACGUGCUGGAGGCCAUACUCAGAUAUGUUUACACCGGAAAACUAGACUGCAUUGAAUCUGAUUUAUUAGCGGAACUGUAUGCUGCAUGUGAGAAAUAUGAACUCCUUGAUUUGCAGUGUUUACCUGUUGUCGCACAGAAGGCGCGAACUCGUAUUAAUGUACGGAAAAUAUCAUUUGAGUGGCCAAUAAAGAAUUUCUCAAGCUUGCCAAUGAAUACAAGGAUACAUUGCCACCUAUUCAGUGUGAAUAUUUUGAAGUCUUGUAAAUGGAACUUGAGGCUUCACAUACGUGAAGAUGCACUGCAUGGUAGAAUGUUUGAUAUUUCCCUCUGCAAAAUGUACGAUCCUGAAACCAAGCCUAUCUUUGUGAGAAGCAAAGUAUCCUUCGAUGGGAUUAAUUCUUCAGAAAAUGAGCACUUGUUCGAAACGGAGAAAAACUGGAAAUGUGCCGAUUUUUCACGAAAGAAUCCUGUGGAUCCUGAUGAUGUAUUGCAACUUAAAUUCGAAUUUAAGUUUUCUGACUGCAACAAUGUUUCUGAAAUAAUGGAAUCUACUUAUGCCUACGUAUCUUCUAUUAACUGCCAUUCAAUUAACAAUGAUUUCAGAAAUCUUUACAAAACUGGUAUGUUAUCGGAUAUCAAUAUUAUCGUUGGUUCCGAAACACUACGCGCACAUAAAUGUGUUUUAUGCGGCCGAUCUUCGGUGUUUUCCAGAAUGUUCGAAACUGACAUGAUCGAAUCGGAAAGAAAUGACGUCGAGAUUUCGGAUAUUGAUCCGCAGGUAAUGGACGAAUUCCUUCUGUUUAUGUACACCGGAAAUCUCGAAAAAUCGUCUGACGAAACGGCUGAGCAACUUUACGUGGCAGCCGACAAAUACAAUGUCCCUGCUCUGAAGAAAAAGUGUUCAUGUUUUCUGAUCUCUAAUCUGAGCGUUGCAAAUGUGUGCAGAAUUCUGCAGUUAGCCAGUUUGCAUUCUGAUGAUGAUUUAUACAAAAGUGUGUUUGAGUUUUCAUUUGCACAUGCAGAGGAAAUUUUCUCUACUGAUGAAUGGAAAAAUAAAGCGAAAGAGAAUUUCUAUAUGAAAUUUUUGCAAGAUAUGGUAGUUCAGAAAAAACUUACAGCAAAAUGAUUUAUUUAUAUACAACUCAAAAUAUCACUCAAGUCAAGUUGCACGUUUCAGAUUUCGAAAAAAAAUCUGAAACGUGCAACUUGACUUGAGUGAUAAAUUUCCGAUCUUGAAUUCAUAUUUAAAAUUUUUAACAUGCCCUUUGGUAAGUAACUAAAGCCAUGGUAAAAAGUUACUAAAAAUUUUGUAAUUUUGUUCAUGAUACCUUAUUUUUUAUUAAGAAACAUAAUGAGUAGUUAGUUAUUUUGUAAUUUUGUUCAUGAUUCCUUAUUUUUUAUUAAGUCACAAGAAACGUAAUGAGUAGUUAGUAAUCAUUUUGUAAUUUUGUUCAUGAUUCCUGAUUUUGAUUAAGGUGACAAGAAACAUAAUGAAUAGUUAGUAAUCAUUUUGUAAAUUUUGUUUAUCAUGGUUUUUGAAUAAAGUAUUUCAUUUUACUUAUAUUAUUAAAAUUCAGAAUUAUACGAACUUUACAUCUCCUACUGUAUUAUUAUUCUACGACCAGAUUAAGAAUAUUUUGUCUCUGCACGAUCUUGGCUUAAUUAAUAAUUAAUAAUCUAAUUUUUCUUCUUAAUUUAGAGAAUAUUUCACUUUAAAACAAUUUAGUUCUUUAUAAAAUACUUCGAAGUGAAGAAUAAAUUUUGUGUUUAUUACUUUAUUUCUAGGUGUAACUGUCUUUCCCUUUACAAAACUUAUUCAAAGCAUUUCUUUCAUAUAUUAGUAAUUUUUAAUAAAUUUGUGUGUAAUUCUCUGAUAUAGAUGUUGUUUAAAGAGAUGAAAAGUUGAUUUCGGGUUUUUCAGUACGAAACGUUUCUUAUAAGUUAAGAGUGCUUUAACUACAUAACAUGUGUCCCGUUCGAAAACAACAUUUUCGGUAUAAGUUAUUACUAGUAAACUUAUAUUUUAAAAAUAAAAUUAAUUAAAAUUCAUCAAGUUAGAUAUUGGUAUGAAUAUUCGUUUUUUAUAAUUGAAGGCUGAUGGGAUAGUAUUUAUUGUAUGCAAAUUAAAUGUAUUAAAAGUUUUUUA